AUGCUGGAGGAGGUGUGGUUGGAUCAGAUGAUCAUAACCACAAGGGAGGAGGGGGAGUUCCCCGAAACAGAGGUAGAUGGGAGGCCUGUCACUGGUGGAAUGAAGGUCAAUGCCCCAACAGCACCGCAGUCUGCAACUACAUGCACAUCUGCUCAAAAUGCAGGAGUACAGGGCACAUUGUCAGCAGCUGUACUGUCUCUGCAGGUCACAAAUAAAUGCCAAUCCCAUCUCCCAAUUUGGUCAGCAUGCCCGUCCUUUGCCUGUGCCUUCAUAUGGAACAAUAACGAUGGACCACAUUUGACCCUCACCAUAUCAUCUCUGUUCAUGCCUGCCCUACCACCUGUCCCUGACAACGAACUGGUGAACGAGCCAGCGCUCAACACCAUUGCCUGUAACCCUGAUCUAUUCCAGGUCGUUACACCCAUCUCAGUCUCCAACCUCUGCAACUUACUGGUCAAUCAUCCAAACAAUCUUUUCAUUGACUCCAUCUGUCAUGGCCUCCUUCAUGGGUUCUGGCCCUGGGCAGACACAUCCUGUUUCAAUCUGCCCUUCAUACUUGAUGUGAAGGACACCGUCUCUGACCCAGUUCACCUCUAUUUUGUGUAUGAGCAACGUGACAUUGAAGUGUCCCUCGGCUGCUUCUUGCAACCUUUCCUACACCUCCUACCUGGAAUGCUGGCCAUCCCCUUUAACGUUGCCACCAAGCCACACUCCGACAAGCUUUGCCUUUGCUUCAACUACAGUGCCCAGCCCUUCUUGUGCAAUGAGAUGAUCCCCAAGGAACUUGUCUUGGUAUCUCUUGACAACCUACAGGACCUAGGCCAUGCCUUGCAAGAGGUGCACAUCGCUGGUGGAUCCUCCACAUGCCUCAUGGUCUGGAAAUCUGACAUCAAAUGUGCCUAUCAAAACAUCCCCAUGCAUCCCCUGUGGCAAAUCAAACAAUUGGCGGCACUUACCACAUCGACCGCAACAACAAUUUUGGUGGUCGAGCCUCCAGGGUUUAUGGGGCACCUUCUUUGCCCUUGUCUUGUGGAUCACUACAUAUGUCAAGGGUCUUGCUGA